GUAAGGGUAGAGGAAAGAGGAAAUGGGUAAAAGGUUUGAACGGAGUAAAGACAAGGGAUUAUGAUGAAGCGAAGGAAGAGAUGCUCAAAUAUUUUGGCUCACCUCAUGAGCGCCCCCGAUACACGAUGAACGACCUACUAACACUUGUCAGUAAACAGGCUGGUACGCCACUCGAAAACGCACAUGAUCUCAAUCUGCGCUGCAUCAAGUUCGACGUGAUUGCCAACCACCUCCUGGCAAACCAGAGGGUGACAGAAGAAUUCCUAGAUCGCCAGUUUUUCCUUUCGAUACCCGAAGAAUGGAGGGACCCAGCACAACUCCAGCUGAAAUCCCGAAACCCCAAAUACGACACGCGGAACAAGGCUUUCUCCCGGGCAGCCACUAAGGCCACGGUCAGUGAACUCCUUACGCCAGACUGGUACAAGCCACAAGCAGUGGGCGAUGCACGCACUGUGAAGGAGAGAUUAGCCACCAGUAAAUCUGAGGUAAGGGGAAAAGAUACUGACUCAUCGGGUGUCAUGGAGAUUAUCGAACGUCUUGGUAGUCUCGAUAUUUCUAGUGACGCCUACGCACGCACAUAUGCGGCCCUCACUGCCACGAAUCCUAGCGCCGCACGAAUAAUAGCGCCACCGCAACCGAAAUAUGUCCAUCGCCCUCCUACACCAGGAGCGAGUGGAGGGGAGAUCCACAGACCUGUAGCCGAGCGGCAGACACAGCUGCAGGGUGGAUCCGCCAAGAAGAGGUUUGCGGGAGGACGUAGUAGCACGCCUCCAAGUCGAGCAAGGGCGAGCACACCUAGAGGAAGGAAGAGCUCCCCCGACAGCAGACCCUAUGAGCGCAUAUCCUGGAAUGCGGCAUUGAUUGCAACCCUCGAGCGAGGUAGUCGAAGCAAGACGAGAGGGGCGAGAGAAGCCGCAUCUCCCUAUAAUCAGAAUACCAGGCCGACACGCCCAGCCAAUCAGCGUCAAGUCAAGUUCCAACCAAAAGCAAACAACAUACCAAUUCCCAGUGUAGGGCCCACUCCGACAACGGCAUCACCAGCACCAGCACGUGCAACCUCGAGGCCAUCUGAGACCAACCGCGCUCCAAGACCACCAGCUGUACCUGAAAUCCAAAUGGAGGUCGAAGAGACACGGCCAGAAGCCAAGAGGACUGGCCCACUGUAUCGCUAUGUAUCCGAGGCUGAAGAGAAUGCCAAUGCUUCGGUGAUCAUGGCGAAGAUUUUGAAGAUGCCGCUGCCACAGAAUCUCACACUGGGAGACCUGUGCGGUGUGGCUCCUUCGAUACGGAAAUCCUUCACGGACCUAUGCAGGGCUAAGCGAGUCUCAUUGGAACCCAACAGGAAACCUACCGAUACCACUGACAAAGUCGUUUCAGCACCACUGGUGAUGAACAGGGAGCCGGCAUACUCGAAGCCACUACCCAAGAUCCGGUUCACCCUUAAUGGGAUGAUGGAGACGGCACUGUUGGACACCGGAUCCCAGGUGAACCUCUUCACAGAGGACUUUGUCCAGCGUGCUGGGGUACCACUUAACGAGAACCACCGAAUCUCGAUGUCGGGGGUGAACGGCGGGUCGGACCAAUCCAUGGGCGUAUGUGAGUAUGUGGUCAUCGAGUUCGGGCCAGUCAAGACAAAAUCACAUUUCCAUGUGUUCAAGGUGGCGCCAUUUGCUGCAAUACUUGGUCAGCCUUUCAUUGGGGACCAUGUCAUAGCAACAACAGAUGAUGGAGAUACUUACCGGGUGAUGUUGCGCGAUUUCCAUGACCUCAAUUGCAAGGUCUCGAUCGCUCUUCACUCUAAUCCUCGUCCAAAGCCACUGGACAUAUCGGUUUCAACCAACGUGGUCAUGGCCGAUAGGGUAAGCGCGAUGAUUCGUCCCAUUAGCGCCCAAGACUGGGAAGCGGUCGCGAAUGGUCGGAUCGAGGAGAUCGACAUGACAGACGAGGAUUGGGAAAAUGACCCAGGAGGGAGUAGGGGAGGAGCGUGCAUGCUAGCGAUAGGGCACGAGUUUGAGUGGGGGGGAGAAGCCCCCGAUGACGGUAGAGCCGCGCGGAUGAACAUGGUGGCAACGCGAAGUGCAGCAGAGGAACUGCAGAGGUCGAAAAAGUGGCUGAUGAUACAGAAGAAUGAGCGGGGACAAGCGAUAGCGGCCAAAUACAAGACGGUCGACCGCAAGAUCAACCCAGCACCAGGAGUAACCCCUGAAAAUGCAAAAACACUGAGAAAAUUCCCUGAAAACCCACUCGACAGCUUACCGGAUAUACCCUUAAUACCACCACCGUUCCGGGACGGCCAACGAGUGACCAAAAAUAGGCUUGAAGAAUUGCGCUUGAAUACGACUGGUUUCCUUACGGCUGAAGAGCUCCGGAUAUUCGAAUAUAUUUUAUUGGCCAAUGAGAAUGCGAUUGCUUUCGACGAAUCAGAAAAAGGACAGUUUCGCGAGGAUUAUUUCUCACCGUAUAUAAUUCCGACAAUGCCACAUACGCCAUGGGCCGAGUCGAUGAUACCUAUACCCCCAAGCAUACGGGACCAAGUUAACGAGCUACUCAGGGAAAAGAUAAAGAAUGGUACGUACGAGAGAACCGAGAGCACAUCGUAUCGCUCGAGGUGGUUCACCGUCAAGAAAAAGAACGGUAAGAUCCGCAUCGUACAUAACCUCGAACCCCUAAACGCAGUAGCAAUAAAAGACAUAGGACUUCCGCCAGAUCUGGACGAGUUUGCCGAAGGCUUUGCCGGGCGCUCGAUCUAUUCUGCAUUUGAUGUAUUUUCAGGUUUCGAUAACCGCAAGUUGGCUGUAGAGAGUCGCGACCUAACAACCUUUGAGACUCGAGCAUUUGGGACUCUUCGGUUGACGGUGCUGCCUCAAGGCUACAGCAACUCCCCAAGUGAGUUCCAGCGGUGCAUGCUGUUCCUCUUGCAAGACGAAAUCCCCGACAUCGCCAACGUCUUCAUCGACGACCUCGGAGUGAAAGGACCACCAACUCGAUACGAGCGAGAAGACGGGACAUUCGAAACUGUCCCCGGGCAUCCAAACAUACGCCGAUUUGUAUGGGAGCAUGCUCUAGAUGUCAAUCGGGUGCUCCAUCGAGUGGGACAUGCAGGCGCUACCGUCUCUGGGAAUAAGAUCCAGUUAGCACGAGAAGAAAUGGUGAUGGUAGGACAGAGGUGUACUUACGAAGGAAGGGUCCCGGAUACCGAAAAAGUGGCAAAGAUACUGCGCUGGCCAGUUCCUCGUAACGCAACGGAGCUCCGCGGUUUCUUGGGCACUUGUGCGGUUGUCCGGAUCUGGAUUAAGGACUACUCCAAGAUCGCGAAACCCCUCAGUCGGCUGACGGCCAAGGAUGCUGACUGGGAGUGGGGCGACGAGGAACAAGACGCAAUGGACCAACUCAAAGAGCUGGUAACACAUGCCCCAUGCAUAACACCUAUCGACUAUCGAUGUGGGCGAACAAUCAUAUUGGCAGUCGACUCUUCGAAGAUAGCGGUUGGCUUCAUCCUAUACCAACUUGAUCAGAACAACCGCAAGCGGCCAGCAAGAUUUGGGUCGCUCACCUUCAACGACCGCGAGAGCCGAUACUCACAGCCGAAGCUGGAACUCUAUGGAAUCUUUCGUGCACUGAAGAAAUGGCGGCACCUGUUGAUAGGGGUCAAAAAUUUCGUGUUAGAGACAGACGCGCGAUACAUCAAAGGAAUGCUCAACGCACCCGAUGAGGUCCCAAAUACCACACUCAAUCGCUGGAUUGAGUUCAUUCUGCUCUUCACGUUCACCCUAAAACAUGUGCCAGCAAAGGACUUUGCCGGGCGAAAAGAGAAAGUGAUCGAACGGCCACUGGGAGGCGAGCGGGUGGCCAGGAGGUUUCGAGCGGUUCCGUUAGCGGGCGAAAGAAGUUUGGGAGAGUGGAAUACAGACGAAGAAUUAGAAAAAGUUAAAGGAUUCUUGGAGACGUUGGAGAGGCCAGAAGGAUUGGAUGAGAGGGAGAUGAAGUCAUUUCUGAAAUAUGCGCGACAAUUCUUCAUUGGAGAAGACGGAGAUAUGUACAGACGGGCGAAGAGCGGGGACAUGCAUCUGAAAGUUGUCUGGAGGAAAAAGAGAGCGGAAGUGUUACGAGGAGUGCACGAAGAGAUGGGUCAUAGAGGGCUGUUCGCUACGCGUCGGCACUUGAUUGACCGUUAUUGGUGGCCAGAAGUCUAUGCGGAUGUCGAGAUUUGGGUACGAGGCUGCACAAAAUGCCAAAAAUUCAGCGAUCGCAAGAUAACUCUUCCAGUUCGGCCAAGCUCACCUGUUCAGCUGUUCCGGAAGUUCUACGUCGACGUGAUGUACAUGCCUCCUUCCAAUGGAUACAAGUAUGUCGUAUUGGCGCGGGACGAAGCUACCACAUACGCUGAAGGCCGGAUGCUUCGUGCCAUCAAUGCCCCCGCUCUUGCUCAAUUCCUAAUGGAAGAGAUCAUCACACGGUGGGGAGCCAUUAAGGAGAUCACGACAGACAAUGGCCCAGAGUUUGGAGCGGCGGUGAAGGACCCAAGGACUGGUCGAGAAAGGCCACCAUCCAUUCCGACGAACGCUGUUGAAGUCCUGUGGUCAGCCUUCCCGCUGGUCACGGUACUUCCAUCACGCGCUUUGGGUAGAUCGCGCGACGGUGAGAAAAGCGACGGGGUACUCACCCUUUUAUCUCGCACACGGGUACCACCCGCUACUCCCGAUCGAUGCGUUCCAGCUCACUUUCGCCUGGAAUUCACGGCCAAUGACGACGGAAGAGCUAACGGAGGAAAGGAUCAAGUUGUUAGCGGAAAGAGAGGAGGCAGAAGAGGAGGCGUUGGAGAGAAUCAGGAAGUCACGAUGGGGGUACAAGGAGAGGUUCGAGAGGGAGCACGCACGUACCUUAUUCAAAGGAGAGUUGAAGCCGGGACAACUCGUCUUGGUUCGAAACUCAGCAGUGGAGAAGGAGCUAAACAGAAAACAUAA